AAUAAAAAGAUUUAAAAGACUGUCCAAAAAAUGGCUUGGGCUCCCUGUGCGUGGCAAAAUCUGCUGUWUGUAACCUGUACGGUGGGUUGUCAUCAACACAGUAGUUAAAAAAAAUAGAAAGAUCACUGCUCUACAAGCUAUCAACACAUUCGUCACGAGUCGACUAUUAAGAAAGAUUACACCCUGUUGAUCAGUUCUGGCAUGCGCGAUGUUCCCUGCCGCUCCGAACCCUCCGAAUAACAAACUCUGAAAUAUUUUGGUUGGAUUUGAGUUGAGCGGAUUCAACGAUGGUUUAAAAUCUUGUAUCUAAAUACUACAUCUUCUUCGUCAGUGGACAUGUCUUGUCCACUGCGGGUCUUUUUGCCAUCGUCCCGUGGUCCUGAACGUCAUUAAAACAGCUUUGAAUUUGUGUGUGGAUUUACUGGAUUGAUCCAUACAGCGGGACUACGAGUAUGCCCUACAAGAAAUCGAAAAAGUCCAGAAUUAAAGAUCUCAGUUCUUUGGACAGCAGCGAUGAUCCAUCAUCAUCAGUUGACGAUACAUCAGAAGUAUCGAGUACAUCGGUGGAUUCGUCCAAGUUGGAGAAAAGAAGAGAUGAGUUAAGCCCGAAGUCGAAGAUAGCUAGAAGAGCCAAAUUAUGUAAAUCAGAUCACUCGCCAAUUGUUUCACGUGAGGACGAGAUAUGGCAAAAGAGCGAAUCCAACCUGAAGGUUACUCUAGCAAUGUCGGAGUCCACUUCUAUCUCCAAAACAGGAAGUAUGGAAUCGCGUGGGAAAAGACACACGUUGGUCCAGAUGUUGGCACUCAGUCGAAGUCAACCGGACACGAGUGACUGUGAACUCUCGCCUCAAGAUAGUCCUAGCCCUAGCAGCAAGAACGGAAGUCCAUUCUCAAAGCCCAAAAUUAACCGUGCGUCCACCGAUACGGAAAUGAACAAUAUCCACGGUAAGGGAGAGAAAAAUGACAUUGAUAAAGCCACGAAGACAAACAAGAAGAAGUUACAAAAGCAAAAAAGUGAUUAUCCUUCCUUAACUGUAAGUACGAGACAAAUCUUGGUUAUCCUGUGUAAGAAAUACCGAGAGAAACCUUGUCCCUAGUUUGUUCACGUGGCACUGACGAGAUAAGGAUUUUUGAAAAGUGAAUUUGCUUUCAAUUUUGAAUGGCG